CUGCCUCUCACUCUCUUUUUCUCUUCACUAACACAUUAUCUCUAUAGUGUCUUCUUCUACUUUGUCCAGAAUAAUUCCAGGGAAGCAUAAAUUUCUUCUCUGUCUUAAAUGAUUGCUUCAUAAGAAGUUUCAGGCUUGAGAUUUUACAGCUGCAUCUUUUUCCUUUUAGGAGAAAUGGGUCUGCUUAAAAGUGCAUGGAUACUUUUUCUUUUCUUGGUUGUCUUUUCCUCCUUUUGUUUCAGGUUUCAUUACUGUUAUGGUUCAGAGCUCUCUGUUAAGUUCUUGAAAACACCUCCUACUGUUUCUAGAUUUCACUCUGCCAAAUUUUCCUUUCAAGCUUUUGAGAAUGGAAACACAACUUGUUCAAGCUGCAAAUUCCAAUGCAAGCUAGAUGACCAGUUUAGUGUGGAUUGCCAUCGAAGAAGAGUUUCCUAUUCGAAGUUACUGGAUGGGAAUCAUACACUUGAGGUCUGCGCAAAUAGGAUGCCUAGAUUUGGCUGCAAUGUCUAUAACUGGACUGUCGAUACGGUUUCUCCUACAGCCUCGGUGACUGCAUCAAUGCCAUUCACAAGUGCACAAAACGUGUCUGUUAAUAUUACAUUUACUGAGCCAUGUGUUGGUGGAGGAGGUUUCAGAUGUUCAUCUGUGAAUGCUUGUGACCUUCUUGUCUACGGUGCUGGCCAAGUUAUACCAUCUUCAUUCACCGUUCUUGAAAACUAUCUCAGAUACUCACUUCUUGUGGGAUUAUCACUUGAUGCUCAAUAUGGAAGGCUUGUGUUGGUGAUGGACAAGAGUGUCUGUUCUGACACAGCCGGUAACAGUUUCAAAAGAGCUUUGGGGUCGCGCUUCUUCGUCCAUUUCGAUAGGAGAAACGUGUUUGUCAACCUGCGAACUCAUGUACCGGAGAAGUUACUGAAACUAAACAACCAAACCAGGACAGUGCAGGCAACCAAUGAUAACGACAAGCUUAAUGUAUACUUGUAUUUUUCUGAACCGGUACUGAACUCUUCAGCUGAGAUUCUUAAGCUACUAAGCACAAACCAUGGUGAUUUGCUUCCUAUUGAUGGAAAAACAAACGGGAAUCGCCGUUUUGCGUUUAUGGUCACAAAUACAUCAAGGCGUGCUAUAGUCACGGUAACUCUUGACUCAAAUUCAAUAAGAAGCAGACAUGGAACACCUGCAUCUCCAACUGCACCACUGACUUUUCUUUACGAUACGGAGAGACCCCAUGUUGUACUGAACACAACAUCUGGUAUGAGGACAAGAAAGCACACCAUCCCUGUCUGGAUAAAGUUCAUGAAGCCAGUGUUUGGUUUUAACUCCUCACUUGUAUCAAUCUCCGGUGGAUAUCUUGAUAGCUUUGAGGAACUGAGUGGAAGCAUAUACAUUGUAUAUGUAAAAGCCAACACCAGUACAAUAUCUGUUAAGAUUCCUGAAAAUGUUACUCAGGAUGUAGCAGGAAACAAGAAUCUUGAAUCCAACAUUCUAGAAGUGACACAUUAUUCUGUGUCUGUGAUGUCUUCUGUGAUCUCUUGGAUAUCAACUUACAUAUUCUUGGUGACAUGUUGCGUUGCGGGACUCCUCACUCUUUCAACCACAAGCCUCUAUUCUCUUGGAGCAUUUCCAAGACCAUCUCCUUAUCUGAUAUCAGAUCCCACAAGGAAUCUUUUUAGAACUGCAUGUCACAUUCAGUUUUUUGCACUUACCAGAUGGCUACCGGUGACAUUACCUGUUGAUUACUAUGAGUUUGUGAGACGCAUUCAGUGGAUAAUCCCUUACUUUCCUCUCCCAUGGGAAACAAAGCACAGUGAACAGAUCAUGGUGGCCUCAAGUCCUUUCAUUGGUCCACAUUCCUUCAUUGCUAAAACUUAUCACAACAACAUGAAUCUUGAGACAGCAACCAAGGCUGAGCCAGUAUUCGGAUUGCCACUUACCGCAAUGGAGUAUAGAUUAUUCUUUGAGACCCCUAAUCUUAAGCCAGAGGCAGAACACGUUUUGGGUCUACCGCAUCCAACAGUGUGGAGAGAUUUUUACAGAAUCAUGUUUUGGAUAGCCAUAAUCGGAGGCAGUUUAGUUCUACUGCAUAUAUUACUCUCUCUGAUACUCAAGUUCAAGAAAGCACACACUGAGAAGAAGAGGAGCUUCGGUGCGUUUGUCUUCCCAAGAUUCGAACUCUUUCUUCUCAUUCUUGCCUUACCUUCAAUCUGCAAAGCUGCAAGGAGCCUCAUACAAGGGUAUUUUAAACAUCAAGGAGAUGCAGAAGCCAAUGUCAUUGUUGGUAUCCUUGUGCUAUGCAUAGUAGCUAUUCUUCUCCUGGCUUUGUUUCUCUUCCUCUCUGUUGGGAUAACCUUCGGGAAGCUGUUACAGUAUAAAGAGAUUCAUCAAGAAGGCCAAAAUUUCCAUUGGUACCAAGAACUCAUCAGAGUGACACUUGGUCCUGGUAAAAGAGGCCAAUGGACAUGGAAAAAAGAAGACAAAUCUAUCUAUCUAACCAGGUUAGGUCCGGUUUUCGAAGAUCUAAGGGGUCCACCAAAGUACAUGCUCACACAGAUUUCAGGGAGCAAUCCACUCAAGCAACGAGAUGACCGCAUCAUUGCAUCAGAUGAUGAAACAGAAGACGCUGAAGCUCCUUGCAUACAGAAACUGUUUGGAAUCCUUAGGAUUUACUACACGUUUCUCGAAACCGUGAAGAGGGUGUGUUUAGGGAUCAUUGCUGGUGCUUUCUUGGACAACGAGACUUCGAAAACUCCGGUAGUGGUCUUGUUGUGCAUCACUUCCUUUCAGCUGUUCUUCCUUGUUCUGAAGAAGCCUUUCAUCAAGAAAAAAGUACAGCUUGUUGAGAUCAUCUCAAUAGCAUGUCAAGUCGGUGUAUUCGCCUCGUGCCUAGUGCUCUUGGCCGAAGACUUUCCAGAGGCAAGCGGACAGAAGCUUGGGAUAUUCAUGGUCGUACUGUUCUUGAUUGGGUUCAUUACACAGAUGUGCAACGAAUGGUACUCACUGUACAAACAGACAAAGAGGUUAGACCAGAUCAACAGGUCAUUCUUGAGCGGUCUCAAGAUGUUUAUCAUUGGGCUUGCCGCGUUAAUCUUACCUCAGAAACUGAUGAAGAGCAAGAUCCCCGCGGCUCAACUAGAAGGGAGAAGCAGCAGCAGCAAUGGAGGGAUUGCAUUCUCAACACCAGAGAACAGGUAUAUAAACUCUUCAGGAAGCCGAAGCUCGGGUAGCUUGGACAAGCCAUGGUUGAGACAGAUACGAGAAAUGGCAAAGGCUAGCUUCACGAGAGACAGGAGCAGUAGUAAGGUUCCUAGUGAUCCUUCAGGGAGCAAGAGUGGUUGGAGCAGCAGUAUAUGGGGAACAAAGACAAGUGGAAGCUCUUCUAAAGACUCAUCUUCAGACUACAAAUCAAGACCUAAAGGACUUUACAAAGAUUUAGAGGCCAUUUUUGCUUCCAAGUGAAUAAAAAUAUUAAUGUCAUAUUCUCUGGUUUUAAAUAAUUUGUAUUGUACUCUUGAGUAUUACUUGGAUACAUUUAAGAUUUCACUGUAUUUUUGUGUGUUAUUAGUAGGUGUUGAUAUUA